UGCACAUGCAUUGACACAUGCACUCAUUUUGGACAAAUAAUUAUCGUAAGUUGCAUCAUUCAUAGUUUGGGUUCUUAUUUACAGGCUCUACUAGCAAUUCUCGAGUUUUUUUGCAUGAUUUUUGAGAUAAUUCGGAUUUCUCGCUGAACUUAAAAUACUCCAAUUCCCAUGAAUCCUUGGAUCAUGCUUUUGUAAGGUGUUUGAUAACGCGCGGUCGGCGGGGAUGCCUUCAGAUGCCUUCAGAUGCCCUCGGAUGCCCUGGUUUUAUUCACCCCAGCGCGGCUCAAUGGAACAGUCCGCUUUGCACUGCAGCUCCAGCGGCUAGCCCGGACCGCACCACUCCGUCUUCCUUGGGGGGAUCCGCUGUUUGAUAACUCUUCCGAACUCAACGGGGCGUUUUUGUUUCGCUGCCAGACUCUGUGAUGGUGGAGCAGCUCUCCCCACAGACAGGCCAAGCGCUCCUGACCAAAGCCCAGAACGGAGGCCUGUCCCAUGGGUCGCCGAGCUCCAGGGACCCGGGGCUGCUGGAGAGGGGGCAGUGGGCCAGUAAAGCCGAGUUCCUGCUGGCCGUCGCGGGGCAAAUCAUCGGCCUGGGCAACGUCUGGAGGUUCCCCUACCUCUGCUACAAGAACGGAGGAGGCGUGUUCUUCGUGCCGUACCUCCUCUUCCUGGUGCUGUGCGGCGUCCCCCUCUUCCUCCUCGAGACGUCUCUGGGGCAGUUCACGAGUCUGGGAGGAGUCAGCGCCUGGAGGUCCAUCUGCCCCCUGUUCGGAGGUCUGGGUUAUGCGUCUCAGGUGAUGAUCCUUCAUGGUUGUGUUUAUUACAUCAUCAUUCUGGCCUGGGCUCUGUUCUAUUUGGGCCACAGUUUUCAGAGCGAACUCCCCUGGGCCCACUGCAACAACACCUGGAACACUGCCUCAUGUUUCGUCUUCGAUCAGGCUAACCACUCUGCCAAUGGGACCAACAUGCCAGAGAACGCCACUUCGCCCGUCAUGGAGUUCUGGGAGCGUGAGGUUUUGCAUCUGUCUGAUCACUUGGACGGUCUGGGCCCCGUGAGCUGGAAACUGGCCCUGUGUCUGCUGGCGGUGUGGGUCGUCUGCUACUUCUGCGUGUGGAAAGGAGUCAAGUCCACGGGGAAGGUGGUGUAUCUCACGGCCACGUUCCCGUACCUGAUGCUGUUCGUGCUGCUGAUCCGAGGAGCCACUCUCCCUGGAGCCGCUCAGGGAAUCGUCUACUACCUCAGACCCAACGUGACCAGGCUGGCAGACCCACAGGUGUGGAUGGACGCCGGGACUCAGAUCUUCUUCUCGUACGGCAUCUGUCUGGGCAGCCUCACCGCUCUGGGCAGCUACAACAAGUACAACAACGACUGCUACAAAGACUCGUUUAAACUUUGCCUUCUGAACAGCAGCACCAGUUUCUUGGCUGGAUUCGCCAUUUUCUCUGUUCUCGGGUUCAUGGCCCAAGAGCAGGGAGUCCACAUCUCCACUGUGGCCCAGUCAGGUCCAGGUCUGGCGUUCAUCGCUUACCCUCGCGCCGUGGCCAUGAUGCCUCUGCCUCAGCUCUGGUCCGUCUGCUUCUUCCUCAUGAUCAUUAUGUUGGGGCUGGACACGCAGUUUGUGAGUCUGGAGGCCCUGAUGACGUCGGUGACAGACCUGUACCCUCACCAGAUCCGCAGGGGGCACCGCAGAGAGCUGCUUCUGCUGGGCGUGUGUGUGGUGUGUCUGCUCAUCGGCCUCGUCAUGGUCACGCCGGGAGGACUGUACGUGUUCCAGAUCUAUGACCAUUUCUCGUGCAGCGGGGCCAGUCUGCUGCUCCUCUCCAUCUGUCAGUCCGUGGCCAUCGGAUGGGUCUACGGAGCCCAGCGUUUCCGUGGCAACAUUAAAGACAUGAUCGGCUACAGUCCGAUGAGGAUAUUCGACCUGUGCUGGAAGUACUUCACUCCGGCCGUGUGCACCGCCACGUUCCUGUUCUCGUUGGCCCGCUGGAGUCCUCUGGUCCUGGGGAAGGGUCUGGUGGCUCCCCCCUGGGCCUCGGCUCUGGGCUGGAUCCUCACCUUCUCGUCGGUGUCGCUGCUGCCGCUGUGGGCCCUGUACGCUCUGCUCACGUCACCCGGGUCCCUCACGCAGCGUUUCCAGUCUCUGUGUCGGCCGUCUCCGGAGCUCCAGAUGCCCUCCCACUGCCCCCCCACCUACAGCCUGGCCCUGAGCGAGAAGAGCCCCUCCCUCAGCCUCAAGGAGAACGGAGCUUUGUAAUUUCAAACCUCACACGCCAAAAAAACCAGAAGCUCACUCGUGUUUAUGCUCUUAGAUGUUUUUAUACACAAGUCAGUCCUACACUGCAAAAACACAUCUGUACGAGGGCAGAUUUAUCACUGCGACCCUUAUUUUUAGACAGUAUUUUAUUAAUCGUAGUCUUACUUUGUGAUUUGUAAUUGUUAUGUCGACUAAACAGACUCGAAAACGCAAACGAAAACGGUGGUAUUAUUACAGCAAAAUGUCAAAAAUGAUCAAUUGUUUCUCUUUCACUUACACAUAAAGAAUAAAAAAUGAAAACUAGGCCUGUCACAAGAAAACAUUUUGAAGGUAAUAUUGAAAGAAAUCCUUAAAAUAAAGCAGAGUUAUCCUCAAAAAACUUAAAAAAAAAACCAUGAGCUGUAAUAAGUAAACAGCAAAACCAAUCACUUUUAUGACUGUAGAAGUUCAUAUUUCAACCAUUUUCAGCUCAAAUUUUGACAUUUUACAGAAAAAAUAUCCAAAAAUGUCCAGUUACUACAAAGAAAAAGUGGGUAUUUCGACUCUAUCAUGAUUUUUCUGCAUAUUCUCCAACGCCAGGCUGUAUAAACUUUAAUUUUUAUUGGAUUUAAGCAGAUUCGGUGAUGUUUAUUUGUCUAAAGAGAUCGAUUCUCUAUAUUAAAGUUCGCAGAAUUAUGAAGCAGCGUCUUUUCCUCGGGCAAAACGGGCCAAAAAAGAGAUUAAACCGACUCAGAAAAGUUCCAAAAUUGUUCCAAAAAAGUCUUUCAAAGUUAUUGGUUUACUUUUAGUUGCAAACAGUGAACAGCGUCGCAAGAAACGAGUUGAGGAAAAAAAGACGUGAGAGAUUUGAGAUUUAGGAUUGAACGAGAGCACGGUCGCUGUUCAAUAAUAAAAUAAAAAAAACAAUCCUCAUAUGUACAACUUCCCUAAUAAUGAAGCAAAUAUUCAAAGGGUUCCCACGGUUAUGGAAAUCCUGGAAAAGUCACGAGAUUUUAGUAUAUAUUUCCCGCAACUCCAGCGUUUUGUUAAGUUCUCAUGACUUUAUUCUGAUUAUUUCCGAACGCCUGUGCCUUUUGUGCUUAAAAGAGACGACAAUAAAUGCACUGACAGGAUUCUGAAUGUUAAAAAAAUAAAAUCCCAAACCAUAAAGUGAGUGGAAAGAGUUCACGUUUCAGAUUUUUGUCCUAAAAGUCUGAUCAAUUCUACACAUGUAAAAGUUUAGAAAAUUUGUCAGUGAAAAAGAGUGGAAACCCUGGAUUUACUUUAUUGAACCCCGCCCACUUUUGUCGCUUUUUUUGCGGCGGCACUUCCGGUUAAAUUGGAAUCUCUUUCGUGUCACUGGAGAAUUUUGUGAAACGUUUUGCAUCUUAAAUUAAGUCUGACGUAAAGUCGGUUCUUUUGUGUAAAAUGUUCAACGUUCACGUGACCAAAGAGUCGCACUGAACCGAUUCUCUCGAGGUUUUAAAACGGCUUUUUCGUCCACAUUGAACGUAUUUGCUGUAAAAAUUGGCUCUGUACGAAAUAACACAACCUGAAUAAUGACGCCGAUGUCCACAAGCACCUUCUAGAAUAAGAUGGAUAUUGAACAAUUAUCGUGACGUACGGCUGCUUGAUUAUGGAAAAAAAAUAUCAUUAUAACGAUUAUUUUUGGUCAAUAUUGAAAUCACGACUAUUCAAACGAUUAUUUUUUAGUUACACGAUGCAUUUCUCUCUAAAAAAAACACUUUUUUAUUGAUAAUUUACGUAAAACUUUCAAAUUUAAAAUAAAUCUAGGCUACAAAUAUGAACCUUAGAGCAGUUUUGCGACGUAUAAAACAUAAAAUGAAUCAAAAAUAAACUUUGAACAUUAAAUAAGGCAAAGAAAAACAAAAAUAAACUAUAUAUCCAGCUGUUCUACAAUCUCUGUAUUUAAAAAAAAAUGAAUAUAUAUACUUAUUUAUGUUUUAAAAAUAUCCCUAAUUAAGUUUGUUAAGCUUUAGGACGCAGUCACACUUGGACUUUAGAACCGUUUUGCCGUGGAGUUUUGUGUUUUCCGUGAGUUUAACGAUAGAAAACAGCUGCAAAACUUUUUAAUCCGUCGCGAUCCGUGCUUGGGAACGGUUCUGAAGUCCCAGUGUGAGUGCGUCCUAAACCGUUUCAACUCGAUUAUGUGAGUUUAGAGAUCGUUUGAGACUCUAACUGAGAUCAAAAUUCGAUUGGUUGCACAGCCUCAGUGACGGGCCUAUUUAAAAACAAACUAUUUUAACGCGACGUGUUUUAACUUGAUGAUUACAGAUGUUGUUUUUGCAGUGGAGCAGCAGUGCCUCUGUGAGAUGCUGCCGUAUUUAAAGUUCAUUUUACAUGUUUGUGGUGCUGUGGGAGUCCGACUCUGCAGACACUUUCACUCUGAACAGGGACGGAAUCAUUAAAGCUCCUGUGUUACACUAAACCAACUCCUGUGAGCUUUAAAGUCCUGUUUUAAUGACGUUACCUCCUCAGAAACAGACCUGGACUUGUGUUUUGUUUCAUUCACACACGUUUGAGUCACUCUUUAGUCUGAAUACAUCUGCACAGCUCAAAAAAGAAGUGGUAGUUUUCAAGUGAACAGGUCAUUUUGAACCACAAUUAAACUGAUUUACUCCACAGUACAACAGGAUGAGCUUGAGUUGUUGCCUUUUUUAAAACAUAACCUUUAAACGUUUAAUCUUCUUUCAGUUUAGAUCACCUCAGAAAGUCUACAAUAUAAUAUAAAGAGUGAAGAAGUUUUAAAAAAAUAAGGGUAUAACGGUACACAGGUCACAGUUCGGUUCAUUUUCGGUACAGUUUGAGAACAAAAUGCAAAACCAUUUGUCUAUUUGUGUUUAUUAAACCAACAUUUGUUUUAACAUUAUACAAACGGGAAAAUAAAAUAAAUGCAAAGUGCUGCUUGGUAAUACUAAUAAAUUAAAUUAAAUUCUCAAUAAGCAACAAAUGAAUGAAAUAUUAUAAAACAUAAAUUCUGACAUGACGUUUUACUCAAUCUUCAUAUUUUUGGCUAAAAAAAACAACUUGUUGAAGGUGAAAGUGAGGACCGCGGUGCAACAACUGUAGUUUUUUGAGGAGUCACGUGGUUUGGAGGGACGUAGUCAAGUCGGGGGGGCAGUUGUUGUCGAAGUGGUCGCUCUAACUAUAAAGCGCUGCAGGAAACUCUGCCCCAAUCAAGGACGAGUUCCUUUGUGAAUAUUAAAAAGCCGAACCUUCAAUGUAGCUGAACAUUAGGGAGCAUCAUUUGCCCAACUUUUUAAACAUUUUUUGAAAAUCAAUCUGUACGUAGUGUCAACUCUUUACAAUUGCCAAAGUAAACUUCCGUGAGAAAUUUCAUGAAAUUCUGUUGAUGUCUACUGGGUCCACUAAGCCUGUGAAGUGUAGUGCCUCCAGAAGCCUUAAAUCUGAGCUGAAAAAUCAGUUUUUCUUUAAUAACUUCCUUAUCCUUUCUGGAAACUUACCAACCCUGAGCUGUACCCGUCACUGAGACGUCACACUCACUCACUCCACUUUUUUACACAGUCUGUGAUCACUACACAAACAACAAACUUUAUGUAUGUCUCUCAUUUCAUCUUUGGACUUUGUGCAUUUUGAAUAAUUAUGAAAAAACACUCAAAAUCUUGAUAAAAUAGUCAUGUCUUAGAAAGUUAUGAAGAUAGAGAUAUGAACUUAGUACCAAAUGAUGCACAACAGCAACAUUUCUAUUUAACUUUCAUUGACACCGUGGCCCUAAAUGGAUUAUUUUUAAAGUUAUUUAAGAUAAACUUUUUUUUUUCCUUAUGGACACCGUUAGGAUAGAACUUAGGAGGUUUGGUGGAUUGAUUAGAAUUUAUUCACUUGAGCAAAUAUUCCACAGAUUUAGUUUGAAUUGGUAUUGUCACGUUUUAAAAUCGGGUACAAAAUUGCGUGAAUUUUCAAACCGAACGUCCCGAAUAAAUGUACCGUUACACCUCUACAGUUUAAUCUAAGGAGUGAAGAAGUGAAGUUUAAACAAGGAUAAAACAACAGCUGUAGCUUCAAAGUUUGAUAAUUCUGGAGCUGAAAUUCUCCACGUGAUUCUAGUGAAGGCGUGUGGAGUUUAGAAACACAGUGGAGCACUUCCUGUACGUAGAACUCGGCGUAAAUCUGCAGUUUUUGUGCGUUAAACUUGAAACAAAAACACAAGUCCAGGUGUGUUUGCGACGAGGAAACGGCGUCAGAUCAGUCGAAUACAGGAGAUUUAACACGUGGCAUUCAGAAAAGAGACUUUCAUGUUUUUUUUUGUCAAAUUCGUAGAAGAGUUUAAAUGUAAAAAUGUUCGAAAAUAUUCAAAACCAGAUCUUAUUUAAAAGGAGCAAUACUUGAAUUUUUUCCGUUUUUUUUUUGGAAACUGUUCUUAUGUUGCCAAAGACUUGAAGUGCACUGAAACUAACUUGUACUAUUACUGCAGUACUUUCUAUAAAUACAUCAAAAGUACACGGAAAAAUAGCUGAAUUCCUUUGCAAAAAUCGUCACGCGCCCGUCGCCAGCUCGUCUCCAUGGCGAUGUCAUUACGUGGCCUGGAAUCUCCCGUAGUGUGGCAUUAAACUUAACGAACUUUAAAAAAACAAAAACAUGAGGGGUAGAUGAGCUUAAUGCCGUACUCCGGAACAUUCCAGCAAAGCGAUAACGUCACCGUGGAGACGAACAGGGUGGCGGACGCUCCAUCAGAAAAGUGACACAGUGCAGCUUUUUUCAUUCAACUGAUCAAAAUAACAAUAAAUGAGUUGAAACCAGUGAAAAUAAUUGACUAAAAACACAAAAAAAUAAUCAAAAUUCUACGUGAUCUUGUUCUCAGACAGAAUGGGUUUUGUGAAAGUGAAAUGUAAAAGAAAAAGAAGUGUCUGUCUCAUGGUUUUAAGAGUUUUUAUUUCAGGUUUUGUCUCAUGUUUAAACCUAAAAUACUUCAGUUCAAAUGUGAAGUUUUCUGACGAUGCAGUGAACUCAGGGCUUGGCGUUUGCAUGGAUUCGAUUUUUCAUUUUUGUUUUGUUUUUUUAUUUUCGAGUUUGUGCCAAGAGAGAAACGAUAAUCAUGUACAUACUUACGGAAAAAAUCAUAUCACGAUUAUUCAUACUAUUAUUUUUAGUGACACGAUGCAUUUAUUCAGCAUUUCUCUGUCAAAAAAACACUUUGUUAUUGAUAAUUUAAAAAACUUUCAAAUUUUAAAUAAAUUCAGGCUACAAAUAUGAACCUUAGAGCAGUUUUGCCAUGUAUAAAACAUAAAAUUAAUUAAAAAAUAUAUACUUUGAACAUAAAAUAAGUCACAGUAAAACUAAAAAAUAAAUGUGUCCAAAAUUUAAGUAUCUCUCUAUAUAAAAAAAAUAACUCAAAAUAAAUGUCGUUAAGCUUUAAAUCGUUUCAACACGAUUAUAUGAGUUUGGAAAUCGUUUGACGCACAAAUCGCAAAUCCAAAAACCGAUUAAUUGCAACGGCGUAUACAUACUACAUAAACAUUAUAAACGACAGAAAAGCACAUUUCUCGAAAAGGAGCGAGAAGAAGAAAAAAUUUAUUUUAACCCGCUCCUGUUCAUGACAUAGUUUAAAAAAUUCUAAAAUUAUGUGUUUGCUUUUGUAAAUUUAUGCCGAAACUUUACAAAUAUUUACAUAUCGCAAAAUAAAUUACAGACCAAAUAUAAUUUUUAAACUAAUUUCCGACGACGGUGGUCCCUAUCGUCAAAAAUAGGAUGAGAAAUGAACUGGAAUUAAAAUUUAUUCUUUGUUUUUGUUGCAUUAUCAUAAAUAAAUAGAAAUAACUUUUAAUUUGCCUUUAAAGAGGGGCGUAUUUGACUUCUAAUCUAAGUCACUCCCCCUUCAGAGCAAUACUACAACACAAUCAACGUGCAUUCCGUUAAAAAAAACAAAACUAUUACAUAUCACGUCAGGUUUGUGAAGUCGUAGUGUACAGUUUUUUAUCGUGUUUUUGUUUAUUUAUGGAGAGUUGUCAUAUGGGCGGCGAGAUCGCUAAAUUACUCAAACACGCAUGUCAUUUUGAAAAUAAAUCAAAUAUAUAACAUCUAAAAUUGUAAUAUAUGUAAAAAAUAUGGCAGUAUAUUCCCUAAAAAAUGCAAAAAAACUAAUAAAAAUGAGCCAAACUACGGACUAAGUGAGUGUCUCGGCUCCAGUCAAAUGAAGCUCAUCGAGGCUGGCUACUGAUUUACGGACAAAAUGGCGAAAUAAAACGGCGGGAUCAUGUAGAGCGGGUUAACACGAACAUUUUAAGACCAAAACGACAAAGCUCACAGCAGCAACUUUUUUUUUUUUUUUUAAUGUAAAGUGAAUUGGAGCCAGAGUCGAUGGAGCCAGAAGCGCGCCCAUGCUCACUUCCUUUUCCACUUCCAUUUCUUUAAACAAUCUCAGAAUCAGGUGCAGUUUGGAUUUGUGGAAGUGUAAAAUGUCGACGCCGAGCCCUGGUCUUUAAGAGAUUCUUUUUUCUGUUGUGUUUGUUUCAAAGCAAAGUGUGUUUUCUGUUCUCAUUCUGAAGUGUUAAAAGCCUUUGUUUACAAAAUAUAUUAUGCUGCAACACACACAAUUUUAUCAACAAA